AAGAACGAGAACCAAACUCAAAGAAAUCGAUUGGUUCAUAUUACCUCGUGCUAAAAGAUAUUGGACAUUGGACCAGCGCUUGGCUUACUAGCAUCGGAACUUUCUCAUUCAAUGGAUUAUUAUUUGGCUUAAUUGAGGGUUAUUCCAAGUAACAUCAGAUGUAAUGAGAGAGCUGCUUUGGUUUUUGCUCGUGUGCGCUUCACUGAAUGCCAGUGUGUUCGCGGUUUUGCUUGUUAGAAACCUCUCAUCGAGAACUUCUGUUGAAGAAUUUAAGGAUUCGGAAGCAAAUUUUGGAAAAUCAAUCCCUUAUGGGUCAUUGAUACUGGGACGAAUUCACGCAUCCCAACCAAUAGAUGGCUGUGAAGACUCUAUCCCGUUACCUACAAAUGCUUCCGAUUCAACUCUCCCUUACAUCUCACUUAUUAAACGUGGCAAUUGUUCUUUUGCAGCUAAGGCUCUGGCUGCUGAAAAGGGUGGAUAUAUUGCGGCUGUUAUUUUUAAUGAUGUGGACGAUAGUAUUUUCCCAAUGGACGGCAAUUCGUCUACAGUUGUCACUAUUCCUGCUGUCAUGGUGGGUUUGUCUGAUGGUGAGCUGUUGCUAACUAAGUACUGUAAGCCAUAUUAUUUUAUUGAAAUCUUACCUACUCAUCGCCCAACUAUUAUGUUGUAUCUUAUUCCACUCAUAACAUGUCUGGUGAUAUCUGUAGUCGCAGUGAGUGUGGCAUUUGGGGUGCGGUUAUGGAAUCGAUACCGAAGACGACACCGAUAUUGCUUAGCAGUUAAAGAGUUACUCAAAAUACCUGAAACUGUGUUCACUAAAGAUUCGAGUGAAUUCGAAACUUGUGUAAUUUGUUUAGAAGACUAUGAGGAUAACGAUAAAUUAAGAGUAUUACCUUGUAAACAUGCUUAUCAUAGCAAGUGCGUAGACCAAUGGCUUUUGAAACGCCGUAGUUGCUGUCCUAUAUGUAAGAAAAAAAUUCACAAUACACAUACAAGAUUUACACGUGCUUCUGUAUACGGGACUACAUCUGAAGCUCCACUUUUGGAUGAUUAUUCAUCGUUCGAAGAAGAUUCUGAUUCCGAAGAUAGCAGUAUUUCAUCACCUCAAUUCAAUUCUUCUUAUGGUAUGGAUGAACAUACUCCACUUAUUAAUGCUUCUGCUAAUCAGUCAAAUGCUUUGUCGCACAAGCAAACGAAGAUAACUGCUUCAAUUCGUGAAACUGUAGAGGGUUUACUUGCAAAUGUAUCCAGUUCCAAUCUCAGAGGUUGUACUUCAUCCGAGUGUGAACAAAGAACUAAAAAUGUUAAUUCAGUUGAAAAAUUACAACCUGAAUGUUCCCAAAUCGGUGCUGAAUCCUUUGUAACAGGUAAACAGUGUGCCGAAAAUGACACUGAUUCAGAAUCAAUUAAUGAGAUCAAUGACUAUCAGUCACCUUCAGCAAUGAUUACUCAUGUUGAAGUACACACAAAUUGUGAUUUAUCAGAUAAGCAUGAAUCUCAUGUCUAACUUUUAUUUGUUUAUCUCUUAAUUUCUAUCAUUAUUCGAGAUGUUGUCAGUGUUUUUUUUUGUGUUUUUAGCAGUUGUUUUUAUACAAAGAAAGCAAAUUUAUACUACGUAUCCUAUUUCACUUGUUCGUAAAAAUCAUUUUAUUUCUACACAAUGAUGAUGAAUACUCACUAGAACUGUGUUAUUCUAAACUGUUGGGUUCCGAUAAUUGGCUAUUUAUUUUUCUUACCUGCUUUUAUGAUACCUUUUUAAUACAAAAAAAAAUACAAGUAGUAUAUCACCUGAUUUAUUUCUUGUAUACAGUUUAUAUAUAAUGUAUAAUAUAUAUCUUUUUUGUCUCCCUAGUCGACUGAUCGAUUGAUAUAAUUCAAAUGGCUGAUUAAUCAGUUCAUUUAUUGAACAUUGAAUCAAUUGUUCUUUUUCGUCUUUUUAAAAAAAAUUAUUCAUUUAUUUAUCGAUUGUGUAAUUAUUGUAUUGUGUUUCUACCGUUGAUUGUUUCACCUUGUGAAAUUUAAUUUGUUGUAAGCAUUUUCAUAUAAUUAUGCAUACAUUGAUUUGAUCGUAUAUAAAUAGUAUUUCAUUAUACUACUUGAAAAAUUUAUCUGAUUAUAAUGAGAGAGUAUCAAUUUCUUAUUAGAUUAACAUUGUUUUUGUUGAAUUUCUUACCGGUCAAAUGAUCAUUAACUAAGUUUGAUUUUUAAUAGAAUCAGAUAAUUUCUUCUUAUUAUUUUUUUUAAUAUGAAUUUUUAUUUUAUCACUUACCCUUAUUUUUUACUACUUUGUUUAGAAUGAAAUACAUUAUUUUCAUCUAUA